AUGUCAAAGUAUAGUAAUUUUGUAUUUAAAACUAAUAAUUAUCCAAUUAAAUUUAAAAAUCAUUUUCAUAAUAUCCUUGCUAAUAAUAGUUUUAAUAGUACUAUUACUACACCUACAAAUGAAACCAUCCAACAUGUAGUAAAUAUCAAUGAAGAAUCAAUUCAUUUUGUAAUCAUCAAAACUUUAAAAGAUAAUGGCAAAAGUGAAGUUGGUGAUGAUUAUAAUUGUAUAUAUAUAGUUGAUCAUUCAGUUCCAUUGUCUCUUGGUGAUAUUGAAAACAUGAGAUAUGAUAACUCUACCAAUUCAUUUAAUCUUCCAUUUCUCAACUGUCUCCCUUCCAAUGGAGUACACUCUUUUAGUUUUAAAAGUACAAUAGAUUUAUUAGAGUCCCCUAUUUUAGAAAUUAUCGAAAUAAAUUAA